CAUAGACAGUAUACUCCUUUCUUGAAUCUAGUACAGAAUAGCACAGAUUUUUAGACGGGUCCUCUCCUCUUCUUAGAUUCUCCUUCUUGGACAUAAAACCGGGACGUUUGCAGCAUUAUUCACCAGUACUUGAUCAGAUCUUAGUGAAUUAACAUCAUGAAAGUAUUGUUACUUGUGUUGUUGGGUCUUUAUGGAUCUAACGUUGUACGAUGUGAAGAUGAUCACUUUGAAGAUGGCAUCUACAAGGAGGCCAUAGCCUCCGUGAUGGAGUGCACUUCGCAGGAUAUCAGCCUCUGCUUGAAGGAAAGAGCCCUGAAAUAUAUAGAUAGGCUGCCAGCAAAUAUGGACAUUGGAGGCACAAUCAAAAUCAAGCAACUAGAUGCAGAACGUUCAGGAAAACACUUCAGCCCCUUGGUGCUACCUGAUGAACCAAGGGCCAGAGAAGAAGCAGUAGACAAUGCCCUAUUUGAUAAAAUCGCAGAGUACUUGAGUUCCCACACAGUAGAAUUCAGAUUACCAUCGGAGUCUGUCAAGGACAUGCAGAGAUCCAUGAUGGUUGACGAAGCGAGGAAAAAGCAAGGUGGUGGUGGAGGAGGCAAGAAAGGAGGUGGUGGUAUGAAGAUGAUGAUGAUGCUCGGUAUGAAAGGAGCCCUUCUCGGAGCCUUAGCUCUUAAAUUCAUCGCCCUCAUUGCAUUCAAGGCCCUAGUAAUCGCCAAGAUAGCCUUCACGAUAUCUGCCAUCAUAGCUCUGAAGAAACUUCUUGGAGGCAAGCAACAAACAUCCACCUACGAGGUGGUGGCACAUCCCCAUUAUGAAGAACACGGAGGUGGCGGUCAUUAUGACAGAUCCUUCGGCCCUGAACUGGCUUACAGAGGUCACUUGGAUUCUAAAGUCAGCCACAUCUCGUAUUGAUCCCCUUGUCUGUUUUAUGUGAUAUGACAGGCAUUUGAUCUGUUUUUAGUUUUUAAUUUUCUCUGGAAGAACCCCAAUAUUGUACAUUUUUC